AUGAGCUCUUAAAUUUUUGAUGAUGAUUCUGAUGAAGAUGGAGGGAAAUAUGGAUCUAAGGAAUACAUAUAUAACACAGAUAAUCAAAAUUUUUCUAGAGGUAAUAACCCAAUCUUCAGAUAGCCGCUGUACAUCUAAAGUUUGGAGAAAAGAACAAGGCUCAGAAUAUACUUGAAUUUAUGUAUUAAACAGGCAUAGAUGAAAUUAAAAAUGACAAGCAAAGGGCUUUAUAUAUUUUUAACGAAUUAACAAAACAAAAGACAUCGUUUAUCAAGUCGAUUAAUCUAUAUUUUGCAAAAGUUUAGUACUUUAUUGAUAAUAGGCAUAAGUUUAUUUUGACUUAAAUGAUUACCCUUAAACAAUAUCGUGUUUAAAUUAAGUCAUUAAAAUUAAUCCAAAUCUCAAUUCCUCCUAAGUACAUUAUAUAAAGGGUAAAAAUAACUCUAAGUUUAGGCAUCUCACACUUUAAAUUAAAUUAGAAUAUCAAAGCUUUACAGGAUUUUGAAAAAGUAAAAUUGAAAAAAGAUGAGAUAGAAGAUAAAGAGAACUUAUUUUUACUAAGAGGUGUAAGAUAAUAUUUAACAAUAGGAAAUUUAUAUUUAUAAGCAAAUAAAUUAGAUGAAGCUUUAUAAGAUUUUAAUGAAGCAGUCAUUUUGCUUCCAGACAUAUCAGAGUGCUGGUAUAAAAGAGGUAAAAUAUAAUACAUUGUUUAGGUAAGGUGUUUGAAUUGAUGGAAUAUUAUGAACGCUCAAUUGAAGAUUACCGUAAAGCAAUUAGUUUGGCUCCUUAAGAUCCUCUUUCAAGUGCUUCUUUAGGACAAUUAUUUUUUCUGUUAAAAGAUCACAAGCAAGCUCAGAUUUAUUUGGAAAUGGCUGAAACAAAUCUAUUAAAUCUAACUUCCUCUACGUUGGCUGUGUUAAAUUUAACUUAAGAAAAUGUGAAGUAUAUCAAAUUAAAAGUUAAACUUUUAUAAAAUAUCAAUACAGGCCUGAAUUAAAUUAAGGAUGAAAUGUAUAUGUUUACAAAAAAUAAUACUUUAUAUUCUUAAGAAUCGUCAGAAUAUGCACAAAAAAUCUCAUAAUGUGAAAUUCAAAUAAAAAACAGUUUACGAAAUUCCUCAUUUGAAGGAACAUCUUAAUCUUCUUCAGAUAUCUUACAAUUAUGCUAGAAAAUCAGUUAAGAAGUUUAAUAAUUAAGUGAAAAAAUUAGAAUGCUUGAAUAGCAAUAAAGAAUUAAUUAAAAUUAAAUUUAAAUUUUAAUGGAGUAAGAACCAUUUGUAAUUUAAUAAGAGCUAAUUUAGCUAGAGAAGUCUGAUAAUAUGUAUCUUUAUUAUAGAUCUGUAUUUUGGCGUUUAUAUAAUUAUUUACAAGCUAUGUCAUUAAUUUCUACAAAUCUAAUUUAAUUUAACUCAGAUACGUUGAUUGAAACUAAUUCAGAGAAAAUAUUGAAUAUUUUACAAACCGUUGUUAAUGUUAGUAAUGCUAUUACAGGAUUCAUACCAAUUGUAGGGGCAGCAUUCAACAUUAUAAACUCUGCAUUAGAUUUUGGAGUUGAAUAAAUGAAAAAUAAAAAAUUUAAGAAUAGAAUGAUGAAUCUUGCAAGUAUAUUGCAGCGAUUUGCUGUCACUCCUUCUGAAUUAGAAAGGGAAAUCUAAUUUGCAUCAAUUUAUUUAGCUAAAAGUUUGUAAGUAGAACCUUAUAUAGAUUAAUAAUCAAAAUAUUAUUCAUUUAUUAUAGAAUUAUCUAGACAAGAAGGAAAAUUUGAGAAAAAUGCUGAAAACCCUUACUGGAAGAAAGGAGUCGAACAUUCAUUAAUCAUAUUGAAAUACUUAGAAGAUAAUUGCUAAAGAAUACUUUAAACUUAGCAGAAGAUGAAUUUAAGAGCAAUUAUUGUGGAAGCGAUCUCAAUUGCAGAUUAGAAAAUCAAAACAUUCUAAUAAAUCAAUUAUUAAAGGGAUAUAAAAGUAUAAAAAUAACAAUGUUGCUAAAUUUAAUGA